UGCGAGCGCAGAGCGCUGAACCACUCGGUCCCGGAGCUUCUCUCUCUCAGCAUGAGCGGUUUACCGGCGCUGCACGAGCCGCUCGGGCGGAUCGCCUCUGAGCCGGUCGAGGACAUCGAUCCCAGCAGCUUCAUUACAGACACGUCUCGCUCUCUGAAGUCCAACUACCCCGUUCAAGUCACUGAUCCACACGAUAACGUGACUCUACAGCUCAGUUCAGUGCCUCCAGGAUACCUCACACCUCCCAUGGACCGAAUACAGCAGCCUGUUGAAAAUGACGCAAGUGCAUUUAUCUGUCCAAGAUCCAUUGCUGCAGAGUUCACCAAAGAUCUCCAGUGCUUGUCAAGCUCCUGUGAGAAGUGCCUCUGCUCCAUUCCACCUCCCAAAAUCAGUGACCUUCUGGACGAUGAGGAUCUUCUCUACACACUGCGAUUGAAGCUCGACCCUGCGCACUACACUGUCAAGAACUGGAAGAACUUUGCCAGCCGCUGGGGCAUGAGCUACGACGAGCUGAUUAUGCUCGAGCAGCGGACGCAUGGCUCCACCUCCCACAGUCCCACUCAGGAGUUCCUGUUCCGAUACAGCCAGAAACCGGUGACGGAGCUCACCAAGCUCUGCCAGUUCUACCAGCGUAUUGAUGUCCUGCGGCUUCUUCAGCAGUGGGUGGAAAAUGACUGGCCCUCACGUUGGAAGCAAGUACAUUAGCAAAACAAAAAAUACGGACAGCUGAUAAAAGAGGGACACGAGGCUUGUGAGUGGAUGCUGGCAGACUGGUAUGUGGUCCAAACAUGCUGCUGGACUGCUCCUGGAUUCUCAUCUCAUCUCAUCUCAUUAUCUGUAGCUGCUUUAUCCUGUUCUACAGGGUCGCAGGCAAGCUGGAGCCUAUCCCAGCUGACUACGGGCGAAAGGCGGGGUUCACCCUGGACAAGUCGCCAGGUCAUCACAGGGCUGACACAUAGACACAGACAACCAUUCACACUCACAUUCACACCUACGCUCAAUUUAGAGUCACCAGUUAACCUAACCUGCAUGUCUUUGGACUGUGGGGGAAACCGGAGCACCCAGAGGAAACCCACGCGGACACGGGGAGAACAUGCAAACUCCGCACAGAAAGGCCCUCGCCGGCCACGGGGCUCGAACCCAGGACCUUCUUGCUGUGAGGCGACAGCGCUAACCACUACACCACCGUGCCACCCGCUCCUGGAUUCUGAUAUUUUUUAUUUUUGGACUUUCUGGAAUAUCUAUUUUACGCAACCCAAUUUUAUAUUUCUUUUCGAAAGCUUACGAGUUGCAUCAAAUCUGAAAAUGGAUACUGAACUGAUUUAACAGGUUUUAACCAGACAUCGCAGAAAAUUAAACCCUGUGGCCUUCAUGAUGUUUAUCAGUAAAUAACAAUUAAAGGUAAUAAUCAAUGCAUACAGUGUAAAACAUGCCGAAUCAACCUUCUGUUACGUCAACGACACGGAGUAGGAGUUUUUAUGGAUUGAAUCCUGACACCUGAGAAACCCCGAUAGAUACCUGAUGUCUUUGUGCAGUGCAUGCUGGGUAAUGUAGUGAUGGAGCAUUAACUAAUAUAAAUACAACAAAGAUACAAAAUGGAAAAUUCUAUUCAAACAGUAAGGCUGACCUGCAACACUGAGAUACAUAUUUAUAUAUAAAAGGGUUCCUCAGGGGUUCUUUGGAUAGUUAAACCUUCUCGACUGAUCAGGAAGCAAGCUAAUGUCAGGUUCUCCACAAAACAUCAAAGGUUCCUAGAGAUGGACUGGAUUUAUGGAUCUAAAGUAUGUUUGUACAUUACAGGGACAAAUUUAAAUAUCUUUUAGAGUUCUGUGCAGAAUCCUACAUGCAAUACUUUAUAAAAUAGAGGUUCCUGUAAGGUUCUUUGGAAAGUAAAGGCUUCACUUACAGGUCAAGUUCUACUCAGAAGCAGUUUGUUGUUGAGUUCUGCAUUGAACCUCAGAGGGUCUAAAAGAGAUGGACAACAGAAAAACCCUUUCUGGUUCUUCACACUUUAUUGGUCACGUUGCUGUUUUGUACUGAAAAGCCCUGCUGUGUGGGAUAUUUUAUAAUCUUUCAUGUCCACUGAAUAGAAUUAUAGGAUGUGCUUUAAAGUGAGGCCCCAGUUGUCCUCAUGCUGCCUUCUGAAAAUAACUCGCAAUAUUUUCUGUUAAAUGCUCCAAUGUAUCGUGUGCCGGUUAUCAGUAAAUGUCUUGGACAUACCUCA